AUGCGCGAGCUCAUUACAUUCGCCGUCGGUCAGGCGGGUAACCAGAUCUCGUCCGCUUUUUGGCAGUGUAUCCUCAACGAACAUGGAUUGGAUGGCGAUGGAAGAUAUAUUGGCGACAACGAGGCUGAACAGCUCGGUAGGGUGGGGGUCUUCUUCGAACCCAGUGGACAGGAGGGCAAGUUCGUCCCUAGAUCGAUCCAAGUAGAUCUGGAACCAGGAACAAUGGACACCAUCCGUUCCGGUCCACUCGGCAAACUCUUCCGACCGGACAACUACAUCAACGGCGAAUCCGGUGCCGGCAACAACUUUUCCAAAGGCUAUUACACCGAAGGAGCCGAACUCCUCGACCAGGUUCUUGACGUAGCUCGUAAGGAGGCGGAAAAAGCAGACAUGUUGCAAGGUUUUCAACUCGUGCAUUCGCUAGGUGGUGGAACUGGUUCCGGUCUGGGUACCAAUCUUCUUACCAAACUGCGGGAAGAGUUUCCUGAUCGAAUGCUAGCAACCUGGUCGGUUUUGCCUUCGCCCAAAGUUUCGGAUACGGUGGUUGAACCGUACAAUGCCACAUUGUCGUUCCACCAGUUGGUGGAAAAUUCGGAUAUGACGUUUUGCUUGGAUAAUGAGGCGUUGUACGAUAUCUGUCAACGCACAUUGAGGACAAAGGAUCCAACUUACAGCGAUUUGAACAGUAUUAUUUCCUUCGCUAUGUCCGGUUGUUCGACUACGUUGCGAUUCCCAGGACAACUUAACUCUGAUCUACGCAAAAUGGGCGUCAAUCUAGUCCCCUUCCCCCGUCUACACUUCUUUACUACCGGAUUCGCACCUCUAGUUGCCCCCGGCUCGAAAGCGUAUCAAUCGUUGAAGACGAGCGAGUUGAUCGCACAAGGCUACGACCCGAAAAACAUCAUGGCAGCUAUCGACCCUCGUCACGGCAAAUAUCUCACCGUCGCUGCCAUCUUCCGUGGAAAAGUCAACGCGCGGGACGUAGAAAACGAAAUGUACAACCUCCGCGAGAAAAACCCCUCGGGUUUCGUAGAAUGGAUCCCCAACAACGUCCUCACGUCUCUAUGCGACAUUGCUCCCCCGCACCUGAAGAUGAGCGCAACGUUUAUCGCAAAUACGACUAGUAUCCAGGAAUUGUUCAAGAGAACGCAUGAUCAGUUUAGUCUGAUGUUCAGAAGGAAAGCUUUCUUGCACUGGUACACAGGAGAGGGAAUGGACGAGAUGGAGUUUACUGAGGCAGAAAGCAACUUGAUGGAUCUGAUUGCGGAAUAUCAACAGUACGAAACGGCGGGUCUGGACGAGGAUGAGGUGUAUGAGGGUGGCGAGUAUCAAGAGGAAUACGGUGCGGAUGCGGGAGAGGGAGGUCAAUAUGAGGGUGGGGAGGAGAGUGUACAGUAUGCUGAUGAGCAAUGA